AUGGAGCAACUGCGAGCCAAAGAUCGCAUUGCCGUCCCUGGAGACUUGGUCCUUCUCAGAAACUGCGUCAGUUCUUCAAAGCAAGUCUUGUAUUGUCAAGAGUGUCCCCGUCGUUACUUGUCCAUCGUUCAAAAUGGCACCAUGCUCGGCGUGCUAUGUAUGUGCAUCGCGGCAUGCUAUGCACGAGCUCUUGAGACAAUCGAGACAGAAAUGAAACAAGCGUCCGAUACUAAUGAACGGAAGCAACUCUGCAUCUCAGCUUCGAGUCCCGAAGCACUACACGAUCCUGCUCCCAUGGGGAACGUGCUAUCGUCUUUUUCGGUGGAUAUUGCCGCUUCGGAAUGGGCGAAUAUCAUGCGCAGAACGGUAAAAGUGGAAAUUUUCGGCACUGAAUCUAACAAAGAGAACUGUUUCAUGUCUUUUAUUGACACCUUACAAGAGCGUCAGAGGGGUUGGCAUCAGGUACCUCCCGCUCCUGACUGUCCAUCCACGUACCAAACGCUCUGUGACAUGACCGGUCCAGAACCAGUAUGUCUUGUUAUUGUCAAUGAAGCAAAGAAGCUUGUUAAUAGCUUUAAGUUCUGA